AUGGAUCAUGUAAGAGUGAAUGAAACAUUACUUGAUAUGCUUGACUACCCUGAGGACAAUACUGAUGAUGAACAAGAGGAACUGCCUUAUGAUGAUGAUCUACAAAAUAUAUAUCCACAUAACAGUGAUUCACAAAAUGUAAAUAAUUUCACUUCUAUAAAAAACACAUCUCAAACUUUGUUCACCUUGCUAUCUCCACAAAUUAGCAAUAAUUCAGAAGAACAAUCAAACUGUCACACACAACAUCAAAGAAUAAAGAUACACCUACAAUCAUCUCCAAGGAAUAAUGGCACUGAAAUUGCUAUGGCAACAAAGGAAUCACCAGCCCAAUAUUUUAACAGUUCAGGAAGAAAUCCACAUUUCCUCAACUCAAACAUUUCAGAUGUCCUUUUACGUCAUUUUCCCAAGGAAGAAUUAUCAAGUUCAUGCCAAUUAAUUGACUAUGAAACUAUUCCAGAGAUAUCACUUACUGAAAGUUUUGAUGAAACAAUCUUAAAUAAAAUUAAAAUUUCAGAAAGUACAAAGAUUUCUUCUCCAAAAGAAAAAAAUGCUAUUGAGAUACAAAGAGAAGAAAAAUGUGAAUCCAUUGAUAAAAGUUGGGAUUUGAUAGAAGGAAAACAAUUUGCUGUAGAUGAGAGAAUGAACUUUAGUUAUGAGAGAAAAAACUGCAAAGAAGAUAGUCCACAAUUCAUAACUCAAAAGGAAGAUACAAUGAAUGAUGUGUUAAAGACAGAAGAAAGAUACCGAGAUAAAUGUUUUCUGGAAACGUCUGGUUCUUCUCAUAAAUUUAGAUAUGGUCAACGUCAGGUUAAUUAUCAGCUUCCCAAUUUCUCUAAGAUUGCUCCAAAGGUCAAAAUACCUAAAGGAAACAAUAAAUCUACACCUGUGAUAAAGAGAACCAAAUCUUCCCCAGAUUUACUUAGUAAAUCAACAAUUGUGAAAGACAUUCUAGAAGAAAUGAAUUAUUUGGAUUGUGUUGCAAUGAAGAAGCAAGAAGCGGAAAUUAAAGUUCCUCAACUUGACCAACAGCUAGAGUUGCUGACAAAACAAGCUGAGGCUCAGAAUCGUAUUGAUCAUCAGCGAUUUAAUGCUAAGAUACUUCCUAGCCCAAAUGGCUGCAGUCCUAAACUUGGCAUUAAAGCAAGAAGUGGUGGAAUAACUCCUGACAUUUCUACAGUUCCACCUGUUACUGUUCCUGUGAAGCCCAUGCUUGGUUUCUCUCAAACUUCUGUUUCAGAGCUGCCAUCUAGAAGAAUGGUCUCUCCACUGCCAUCAGCUGGUGCAUCAGCUGUGAGUCCUCCUUUAUUGCAAAAAGCAACAGAAGGAGAAAAGUUCUCUCAGAUGUUAAAGGAACAGACAGAAGAGCUGAAAACAAAAGUGGAAGUAUUUUCCAAAUAUAUGGCACAAGAUGUGCUUCCCCUUGAAGAACGCCAUCAGAUUUUAAAACUUUUAAAAGAGUAUCUCGAACAACUGGAAUGGAAUUAUUUAGACACAAAAGAGAAACAUUGUGCCUUACAUCUCCAAGGUUACAGGCACUCAUCAACAGACAUUGGAGAGUUUGAUCCUGACAGAAGAGUAGAGGGAGAAAUAUUUAAACUUGGAAUGCUGCUUGAAGAUAUCAAAGAGAAAAUUGUUAAGAUUGGGAGUCCUAACAACUCAGUUGUUACAACCUCUUACUCAUUGGCACCAUGUGAAUCUUAUUCUAGUGGACCUGAGAGUCCAGUGAUUUCAAGCAUUAGUGAGCCUCCAUCCAAGACUGCUACUGGAGUGAAUAUUUUUAAGAAUGAAAACAGAAACCAUCCUGUGGAAAUGAUUAUUCAACAGAGAACAUACCAGCAACCUACUAAAAGUAGUAGUUGUCAUCCUAUUCUUCAGGAACAGUUAGAACCACAAAAGAGAACUGUCUAUGAACAAAGAAUGGAGCCUCUGGAAAAAUCAAGACUGCCAGCAAAUGAGCAAUCUACUCAUUAUUGCUACUUUUCAUCUGACAAAGAAACUAGUGGAUUACAAUCCCACAGGCAAUUUCCAACAAAUCAGAAUUAUAACCAUAAUCAAGAAAACACAGAUGGGAAUUUAAGCUAUUGGGAAAUGAAAUCUCCAACUCCAACCAAUGCCUACAGUAUAAGCAAUAAGGAAUCGAACACCACUAAUCUAACAUUAUUGAAAAAACAAGGAAACAUAACUUAUCCUUCAGAUCACAGUUUCCUUGAGGGGCUGGAAAAUUCUGCAAAGGAACAUAAUAUAAUUAUACAUCCUAGGCUAAAAAUACAGUUAUCAAGUAAACCAAAUAAACAGAUUUAUACCUCUACUUCCAGUAGAAAUAAUAAGGCAGAGUACAAACAGACAAGCAGUGUAAAGGCAGACAGUGAAAGAUUCUCCAUCUUCUUAGAAGGAACAACAGUGGAUCUAGAUGUAUCAGGUAGUGAUACAGAAGAUACUCCAUUUGUGGAAUUAAAAAACAAAUCAACUGAAUUAUUUCUUGAACCAAAGACUAAACAUCAUGAAUUAUGGAGAGCGGAUGCAAGGGAACAAAAAGGUGAAAGUUUUCAUGCUGUAACUUUCUCCUGUCUGCUUUUUAUUUCUGAAGCUUUACCACAAAGGGAUAGGAAAAGCCAUUUUAACAGUGAAAGAAAAAGAAGCAACUUUGAGAAGAGCAAUGAGUGUGGUAUUGCUUGUUCACAUAAGAAAAACCUUGCCCUCCAAAGAUUUUGUUUCAACAAACCACCAGAAGAGUUUAUAUAUAAACUUUCUGACAGACAAAAUCUACAUAUUCCCAAAACUCACUACUCAAGGAUGUAUGAUACUAUUAUCCUUUCACCUCAAUACCUUGACAGUAGGAAUAUCCAUGGAAGAUCAGUGAGUGAGCUGAGAAACAAGCAAAUUGAAGACACAGAAUCGAAGAUCUUAAACUCUACUCUGGAUCAUGUUAUACAGACUGCAAACAGCUUGAAGAGAACCACAGAACACAUGGUGCAUGUCAUUUCAGAAGACUUAGCCAGGGCUAAAACUCAGACAUCUCCUAAUGUUACACCUAACCAGUACUACAUCUGAACAAGUGUUACAAGAAACUGACUAUCUGAAACUAACCAACAAGAACUAAAUACACUUUUUUCUCUUCACUAUAAAAAAAUGUAAACCACAAACCUUCAGUGAAUUAAAAAAAGCAGAAAACGAUAUAUUCCCACAUUUCUGAACAUGGAAUAAGUUUUGCAAAAUUACACCUGUGCAUGGUUCAAUAUGCAUCUUGGGCAAGAAAAUUUAAUAUGGCUAGUUCUGUGUUGACCACGUUUUGGUAUAUUUUUGUGCAAAGAUGAAUGCUAUUUUAUUAUAGAAUAAAAUGUGUUCAGUGUA